AUGACUUUCUUUAACUCCCAAAAUAACCAAAAAAGCCAUUCAUUUGUCAAACAAAACAACAAGAAGAGGCUGACCUUAGAACAAGUUAGCCACUUGGAGAAGAGUUUUGACUCCUACAAGAAGUUAGACCCGAACCACAAGCUCGAGUUGGCGUUGGAGCUUGGAGUUCCGGCUAGGCAAAUCGCUAUAUGGUAUCAGAACAGGCGGGCAAGGUGGAGGACUCAAAGUCUCGAGAUAGACUAUAGCUCUCUCCAGUCGAGGCUAGAAACAGCUUUAGCAGAGAAAAAGAAACUCGAGAAGGAGACCGAGCGACUUAGAAUCGAGUUGGGGAAGGCUCAACAAAUGGUUGUCGAGUUGAAACAAGGUGGAAACAUUAAUAACUCUAGCUAUUAUGAAGAGGGUGGGAGCUCGAAUAUUUGUAGCUUGAAUGAUGAAUUAAGUCGUCCAAUAUGGGAGGAUAUUGAUGAUCAACAUAACGAGGGAAGUUUGCAAUUUCAAGAACUUUUAUGCAUGUUUGAUUGGGGCCGAUCACAAGUCUAA